AUGGACGAGCUCUUGGAAGAGGAUCGGCAAUUGCUUCAGGAGGUUAAGCUUGCCUUGCGAGACUACUGGCCGCAUCCAAUUCUCGAGUUCAGUGGCUACAUGUCGACCUUCUAUAGCGGUUUGUGGGCAGUCCUGCCUUCCAUGCACGGGGCCGGCCAUUUCGAGGUCGUGACUUUGUCGGAUGGGGGUGAGGCAUCUCUGCACUGGUACGUGCCACCCCGGGCGCCCAGCAACCGCGUGCUCCUGGUGCUGCCGGGUUUGAACAACGACAGCCGGACCAGUUUCGUGCAGGCCACCAUGCGGCACCUGCGGUCUGAGGGCUUCCACGCGGUGGCUUUGAACUACCGGGGCCUGGCCAACGUGGCGCUGAAGACUCCCAGAAUCGCCUGCGCGGCCUGCUGGGUCGACGUGAAAGAGGUGGCGCAGCACAUCCUGAGGGCCAAGCCCGGCUGCGAGCUCUUCGGCCUGGGCUACUCCAUGGGCGGGGCGAUGCUUCUGCGGCAUUUGGGCGCUGAGGGCAGCAACACUCCUUUCAAGGCCGCCGUGUCUGUGGCGGCACCUGUGGAUUUCCCAGCGGUGGAGAGGAGCCUCACCUCCUCCAAAAAGAAGCUGUUCAUCAACUUCCUCAUUGCAGCAGGGGUGAAGACUCUCAUGAUGCGCGAGCUGCUCAGGUCCAAAUUCCGAAGCAUGAUUGACCUUCGCAAGCUUCUGCUUGCCACCAGGCUUGCUCAUAUGGAUGAAGCUGUCGUUUGCCCAUUAUGGGGCUUUGCCAAUCAAGCCGAGUUCCACUCCAACUGCACCCCGCGCAGCACGGUGCACCAGAUCAGUGUGCCAACUCUGGUGGUACACGCAGAAGACGAUCCCGUUAUCAGCUUAAGCACCAUUCCGCUGGAAGAUCUGAAGCGAAACCCGCGGAUCUACGUGGCCAUCACCAAGCGUGGGGGCCACAUAGGCUGGGGCAGUGGCGGCUUGGGUGCUGGCGCCUGGACCGAUGCCAUGGCCGCGCACUUCUUGGAGGACGGCACGUGGCCUGCGCGGCCCGACAAUCGCGGCUUUGAACCGGAUGCUGCAUCUUUCGGAGACAACUUUGUGGGGAUUGGCGCGGAAAGGAGGAAAGAAGCGCAGUGCCAUUUCAAGAGACAGUAUGCCAUGAGCUGGGAAGUGGAGCAGUUCAAGGCGACGAGGGAUGGGGAAGAGACGUGGGCUGCCAUCUUGGCUCUACAGCAGGGCCGUUUGUCGCCCGUCGCACCCGGAAUGUCAUCCGGUGUGGCUGUGAGCAGCCUGGACGAGGUCUCGCAACUGCUUGGCGAGAAUGCAGAGGUGAGCGUCGUGGGCCGCACCGCCUUCAUGGUGGCGGCGGAGCGUGCUCUGGAGACCCAGCGCAUGGAGGCCCUGUUCAGAGAUCCCUUUGCCAAAGACCUCUCCGGAGAAGACGGCCUUGACAUGUCCCACAGACUGGGGGAAGCGGCCGCGCAAUUUGGCUUCGAUGGCUGGCCUGAAUUUCACAAGGUGUGGACAGUGGUUCGGACCAAGUUCAUUGAUGACAUCAUGAUUGAUGCGAAGCAGCAGCAGCUGGUGAACUUGGGAGCUGGGGUGGAUACCAGGCCCUAUCGCCUGGAAGCAUACCAAAAGUUCAAGGCGUCCUAUGAAGUGGACACAAUGGAGGUGAACGCGGUAAAGUCGGCAUUUUUCGCGCGCAGCGGCGCCACAUCUUUCUGUCCAGUGGCAAAUGUAUGCGCGGACUUUCGCCGCAAAGGCAUGCUGACCCAGAGUUUGGAGGAAGCUGGAUUUGAGAAGAAGGUGGCAUCGGUAUUCUUGAUUGAGGGGGUCUUAGACUUCCUGGAGUCUGCUGCAGAGGCCUUCUUGCAGGAGAUGUCCCAACUUGCGGCCCCCGGGUCUUUGGCGGUGAUAAACUACGCCAUCGGGCCGCAGAGGCCAGGCACCUUCACCGCGGAGCAGCUUCAGAAGCUGAUGGCAGACUCGGGCUGGGGAGACUUCAAGAUCUACGUGUUUGGAGGAGAUCGUCUCAAUUAUGGGCGCUACAAAGAGGGACUGGCGCCCCAUAGUGACUGGGCCUUUGCAGUGUGCACGAAGAUGUAG